AUGCCUCCUAUCUUCCCGAUUCGUACCAGGAUUCUUGCGGCUCCAACUGCGAAACGGCUAUCUGGACUGACAUGUCUGGAGCUACGCAAGGAGAUUCAAGAAUCCGUACGCAAAAACCUGAAGAUGAGAGCGGUGUGGGAGCAGUUCAUGUAUGAGGUAUGCAUCAGAAUUUCAAAGUAUAUGAACGCUCCAAAGGAUGAAAAGGUAGACAAAUUUACACCUACGGACAUUUCCUUAAUCCUUUCAUCCUUUGCAACAGCUAGAAUUAGGAUUCAAAAGUUUCUGGACUUUGUAAUCGAGAGUGUCAGAGGGGAUAUAAAAAGUUAUGACCUCCGGGAUAUUGCAAUUUUCUACAAUAGUUUGGCUAAAUUACGUUUAAACAACGUAUUUAUCUUUGAUAAAUUCAAGGGAAUAAUAGAGGCUAGAUUGACCAGCAAAAUUUCCGAAAAGGAUUUAUCUCUAUUGUUAAAUGCUUUGCUGGAGCUUCAAGUAAAGGAUAUCAAGGAAAUAUUCUUAAAAAGUUCUCUUAUAUUGUCAUCGCGAAUAAAAUUUUUGGAUAAUUGCCAUACACUUACAUUACUGCUUCAUUCUUAUUCUAGGUUGUAUAACGAUGGAAAGAUACUAGAACUUAGUGGCUCAGACAAACAAAGAGAAGACGGUAACAUAGAAAUAGAUCCGGAAUAUACUCUGAUUUCUUCAACCACCAUUUCACUACUGGAGAAAUCCAUGGAGUUGGUACUAAACAUGCGCCCAACCGAUCUACUCUAUAUGUACAAAUCUAGCAUAAAUAUUUUGUACAAUACAACUGGAAUAAAGCAACAGGUAUAUUGUAAAAUUAUUAGAAUGUACAAAUUGCACAAUAAGAUACUGGAGCAUAUGCUAGAGUUUGAAUCCAGGGAACUUGUAUCGCUUUUGAAACUUUUUCCAAAAGUAUCAUCAAAAUCACAUACUUUGGCGGAUGAAGGUCCAGUUGAGGUUAUAAAGAUGGAGAUAGAACGGUUUCUGCCUACGCUCACUGAGAAGAUAGUAAAUGAGUUAUCAUAUAGGUUACGUGUUCUCUCACUAGCCGAUUCAGUAGAAUUUUUGAAAUUGUUGCAAGUUGGGGACCAUAGAAGGGAACUUGUAUACAAGAGACUCUAUCAAAAGCUUAACAGAGAAAAAAUUUGGGAACCAUUCAAGAAUGGAGAUAUAUUCACUGUUAUGGAGGAAAUGGCCUCGAGGGGUAAAGAGUUUGGUAGUAAGGAUGCACAGUUACUGUUUGUUUCUCUAGUAAAGAAUCUCUCGGGUAUACUAAAACUGCGGGAGAUUUGCACUAUAUGUUCCCUUGCAGCAAAAUUUGGUGUUAAAACAAACUCAUUGGAACGCAGAGUACGAACUGUAAUGUGCAGGGCGGAUUAUUUGCAGCCUACACAGAUCGCAUCCUUAAUUCCCCCGUUAGUGGCUUUAGGUUACUUGGAGGCGUUUGAUACAAUUAUUCUGUACGCUAAUAAAAUUACUAAUCCAAGUGAUUCAUUAGAUGUACUGGUUGCUCUCUCAAUUUUGAAAUUAAACUCUUUACGGGAACCUGAUUCUGCUAUUGUUAAUCAUCUAAAGUCAAACUUGCAGGACCAUGACGUUCAAGACGAAAGAAAACUGGCAUUUAUAUCUGCAGCUGGCUUGAUCGACUAUUCACAUCCAUUUAAAAUUGGAAAAAAUCUUUAUUCUCCGCAAAAAUAUGGCGGCAUAGAUACUAUUUUCUUGGAAAAGAGUGCAGUCAAGUUUUCCUAUACCUUUUUAACAUUUGAAGAGUACGCUGAAGAAUUUACAGACGAACUGUCUAGCUUCAUUUCCAAGUUCGACCCGUUGACUAGAUUCUUUAGGAAUGUGCAGAUUGAGAAUAUUGUAAUACCAGUUGUUAUUGAAUCUGAUAAAGGGAAGAUCGCGGUAGUGCCGCUUUUGGACGACUUUUACGCGACAACCAAAGCUAUGCUAAGGAUUGAUAAGUUCUCACAGCUAAAACUUUUGGAAAAGUUACAAAUUCCGCGAAUUUGUUGCAAUGUGUACGAUUAUCGCAAAGAAGAAAACAAAUCGCAGUUUCUUGCUAGAUUUCUCGAAAGAUGUCACGCAGAAAUAGACAAAUUUAUCGAAAAGGUGGACGUUAAACCUCAAGAGCAAGAGGAGAUGAACAAAAAGCAAAGGGAGGCACCCACUAGUAAAUUAAACAACUUUUCUAGGUUAAGACUCCUACUUGCAACAAACUAG